GCUUGUUUCCCCCGAGUACAUUUUACAGGGAGACCUUACCGGAAGUCAUUGCUUCAUCGUUUUGCGAAGAAGUACGGUCGGCGCUGUUGAUUAUUUACACCUUCUGCCUUCGCUUUUCAACACUACAUUUUAUCGAGUAGAGCCUCUGGGACUUAGAUAUCAGCGAGAAUGACAGACAGAUACAACAUCCACAGUCAACUGGAGCAUCUCCAGUCUAAAUAUAUCGGCACAGGACAUGCCGACACCAGCAAAUGGGAAUGGCUGGUGAACCAGCACCGAGACUCUUACUGCUCCUACAUGGGACAUUUUGAUCUGCUCAACUACUUCUCCAUCGCUGAGAAUGAGAGCAAAGCACGUGUCCGCUUUAACCUGAUGGAGAAGAUGCUUCAGCCAUGUGGACCACCAGCAGACAAACCUGAUGAUGCUUAGAUCACAUGCGUUGUGGGUGUUUUUGUACUGGAUAUUUUUUGUAGGAUUUGAUUUCUUUUUCUCGGACAUCCAACUUGAUUUUCCGCCAGCAUUGUCAGACCUUUACAUCCUUGUGUGACCCUGCCAGCUCUGACAUGAUGAGGUCUACUUACACAACAGAAGACACCUGGACACAGAUCUUUUACAUUGUUGCAUCUGGAACACUGAAAGAUGUUGUUUCUUGGCCCAUACAGGCCUGCAGCUUUCAGGGAAGUCAGCUAUGAAUGUAAAAGAAAGGAGACUAAGAAAGAGCUUCAAGGCCUGAAUAUUGACUGGAGAAGAUAAUAGAAAAUAUGUACAAAAUGGUGCAGCACCAUCUGUCAAGUAUUUGUAUUGACUGAGCUGUAUUCUCAAGUGAAACAUAUGUUUUGAUUUAUUAAAAUUUGUCUUUCUCUA